ACAUAUAUUAUAUAUUCGAAAAAGGUAUUGGGAAAAGAAAACAUAUAUUAUAACAAAUAGAUACGACCUACACAAAACUAUAAAAAGCUGGCAACACUUUCGACUGUCUACCGUGUACAGUCAACUUUGCUGUAAACAUUGGUACAUUUUUCGUGUAGAAAUUCUCGGUAAAUCACUAAAGUUAUAGAAAAAUUUUGCUAGAAACUAUAUUAAGUAUGUGAGAAUUGUUUUAAAACAUUUUGUUAAUGCAAUUUAUACCACUCAACAAUGCUUGAUGCAAACAACUGUGCUUUAAGCUUGAGUAAUUAAAUUCGGGGAAAUUUUUACUACGUAGACAAAGUGCAUGCAACCUCAUUUUGGUCCGCACCACACCACAAAUACAACAACUGUGCUAUACGAAAAGAAUAACUCAACGAGAACAACGGAAACGUUCAACCAAAAUUAGAAAGCAAUAAUUGAGACAGUAUAAAACCGCGGUACAUACAUUUAAUAUUCAAGUCAUGGACGAAUCAAACAUGCAGGAUAAGGAGCGUUUUGCCAGUCGGGAAAAUCAUUGUGAAAUUGAAAGACGUCGAAGAAACAAAAUGACGGCUUAUAUCACUGAGCUUUCCGAUAUGGUACCCACCUGCAGUGCGCUAGCCCGUAAACCUGACAAACUGACGAUACUCCGUAUGGCGGUUGCACAUAUGAAAGCUUUGCGUGGCACAGGAAAUACAAGCAGUGAUGGCACCUACAAACCUUCUUUUCUUACUGAUCAAGAGUUGAAGCAUUUAAUAUUAGAAGCAGCUGAUGGAUUUCUAUUUGUUGUGUCUUGCGAUUCUGGUCGUGUUAUAUAUGUUUCAGAUUCAGUUACUCCGGUAUUGAACUACACGCAGAGUGAUUGGUAUGGCACGAGUUUGUAUGAACACAUUCAUCCUGACGAUCGCGAGAAGAUACGUGAACAAUUAUCCACACAAGAGUCACAAAAUACUGGUCGUAUACUCGAUCUUAAAACAGGUACAGUGAAAAAGGAGGGUCACCAAUCGUCUAUGCGGCUUAGCAUGGGUGCACGCCGUGGUUUUAUAUGUCGUAUGCGAGUUGGCAAUGUAAAUCCAGAUACAAUGGUUGCUGGUCAUUUAAAUCGAUUAAAGCAAAGGAAUUCACUCGGUCCUUCUCGCGACGGUACUAACUACGCUGUAGUACACUGUACAGGAUAUAUAAAAAACUGGCCACCAACUGAUAUGUUUCCUAGUGUACAUAUGGAACGUCCGGUUGAUGACGAAAUGCAUUCUUCACAUUGUUGCCUAGUCGCAAUUGGGCGCUUGCAGGUGACAUCAACUGCAUCCAAUGAUAUGACAAAUUCAAACAAUCAGUCAGAAUUUAUAACGCGUCAUGCAAUGGAUGGAAAAUAUACUUUUGUCGACCAACGUGUUAUGAAUGUUCUUGGUUAUACACCAACAGAUUUACUUGGGAAAAUUUGCUACGAUUUCUGCCACACCGAAGAUCAAAUGAAUGUAAAAGACAGCUUUGACCAAGUACUAAAGCAAAAGGGGAAUUUUUCGCUAAUGUAUCGUGCACGUACUAAAAGCGGUGAAUACGUUUGGCUACGAACACAUGUAAAUGCAUUUCUUAAUCCCUAUACCGAAGAAGUAGAAUAUAUUGUGUGCACAAAUAGUUCAGCCAAAACACUACAUUCGAAUACGGGUCAUGAUGCUAAUACGCCAGAUCAAUCGACUGCUGAACAUGUCUACGUAGCACCCGUUGUGGACUACACUUUGCAAGCUCGUCGAGAUGUCACACCAUCGGCAGCCGCUGCGGAUGGUAUGUAUGCAACACAUGGAAUGAUCGGGUCGCACAUACCCUCACAAAGUGGAAUGACCGGGCAGCAAACCAAUAAUGUACCACGCCCUGGCUCAGCACAAAAUGCUGUAGCCUAUAAUUAUGAUGCUACACACUCGCCGUUAAGUGGCUAUCCACCCAAUGCAGGUGGUCCAUCACCAAAUACAGCACAUAUGGCAAAAAUUCCGAAGGCUAACAGUUCUCCAACUCCUGCGGCGCCCACCUGGACCACUCUUCGUCAACAACAAGCUGUAUCCGAGGGUUAUCAAUACAAUCAAACGAGUCCAGCACGUUCACCGAGUGGCCCAACGUACACUCAAUUAAGUGCCGGUAAUACACGACAAGGCAGUUAUCACACCGGAAACAACACGCAAGGUGCUGCUCCGCCACCUGCAAAUGCUCCUGGCAUGUGGGGCGACUGGCAAAAUCCCACUCAACCACAACAUCCGCAUGGACCUCAUGCAGCUCCACACACCGGUCAUGUACCCCACGUCGUUCAUGGAGCACAUGUGCAAGCCGGCCAACCGCAAGGUCAGGAGUUCUCCGACAUGCUGCAGAUGCUAGACCAAAGCGGCACAACUACAUUUGAAGACCUCAACAUCAAUAUGUUCAACACGCAAUUUGAAUAAGUAGUGCCUAAUGUAUGCGAGCAAAGGAAAAAAACUUAGUAAAGCAUUUGUGUUGGCUUGUAACAUACAUACAUAUGUACGUACAAAGCAAUAUGUCAUAUGAAAAAUAUGUUGAAAGUAUUAGCAAAGUAAAUUUUAGAACUACUUUAAUGUUUAGAAGUAACUUUUUUGUGGCAAUUUUGUAAAAGCUAAUUUAGAUUAAUGAUUUAAAUCAUAUAGAGUGUCGAACCGUAGCACAAUAUUAUUGCCGUUAAAGCACGUUUCAAAAUAACACCAGAAAUCGUCACGACACUGCAUUUUUUACAACCCUAUUCAUUGACUCGAAAUUUGUUGCGAUAUGUCAGAGCGUAAUUAAGGCAGCCACUCGAAUACCGCGUAAACGUCAAAUAUUAUAUGCAACAUCAUAGAAAGUAAAUAACAUCAUUAAGAAAAAAGUACAUUAACUAGAACGUAAAUAUUUUCAAUUAUAAAAUAACAAAUUGGAAAAUAGUGUAUAGAAAAUGUAUGGCAUCAGAUUUAAAUAAUAUUGUAUUUGGGCAUAGAAAAUUAAUUCAUCAACAAAUUACAAAGGGAUGGGGAAAGUUCACCUUAGCAAUAACUUAUAAACGAAUAUUUCACUAUGUUUUAAACCUACAUAAGCUUAUGAACGAGUAUGCACGUAUAUAGGAGUGUGUAGUUUGUGUCUGCAUCAAUGUCAUUACUUACUGUUAUUAUAUUCUUUACCAAAACCUUUAUUGGAGGUACUAAUACAUAUGUAUGUAUAUGAUAUUACGUACUCAUACAUAUAUAAGUUUUGCAUGAGUAUUAAGGCCAAACAAUAACACUCGAAAAUUUAAAAAGUGCUGAAACAGCAACAUUUGAUACAAUUGUACGAAAAUGACCAUCAGUUGUUUAUACUUGAAACUUAUUAUGAUCUGUUUAAAAUUUGUAUUUAGAUAUGUACAUCUAUACAUGAACAAAUAUAUAUAUAAAUGUGCAUAUAUUAAUUUUUUAUAUUAUCUAGAAAGAAACAACAUGUAUUGUAGUGGCAUGCAAGCAAAAGAACAAUUUCAAAACCAUAAAAUUGUGCGUAAAAAAAAAGGAAAUAGUGUUAAUAUACAUUGUAUUUGUAUACCAUCGCAGCAGGUUACAUUUUCGGAAACUAAAUGCUUCUAUAACAUUCAAAUAUACACGGGUAUAAAAUAAAUGUAAAAUAUCGCAUUUUAUUGUGUGACAAUGUACUUUUAUUUUAAAUAAAGUUGUAUCGCUUUGAUAAAUCUCACUAAUA